GACAACUCCAAGGGAGAGCAUCCACGUGACGGCGUCACCCGAUCACACCGCGUGUAGGAAAUGGAGAAACGCGGCGUUCGGCCUCACUGUGACAGCCCCGGGUCGCAUCGCUUCGACCUGAGGCGGUUGCGCUGUACCAGGAGCGACAGCGCUGCGGUUUGCCAGCUUCUGUGGCGCCUCGAAGCGUGCAACCAGCUUCUCUCUCACAUCGGCUUCCAGCUGCGCGAGGAAGAGGAAGACGACAUCGGCGAGCUCCGGCUUGUUCUGACCCCGCGUCAGGCGUGCACACCUCCCACCAGGAUCGGCGCUCGCAGCCGCGCGGCCAUGGAUCUCUUUCAGCGCCUGUGCGGGGCCCACAGGUGCAUCAGCUUGGUCGAGCUCGACUACGACGUCGCAAGGUGCGAGGUGCUGCUGGCAGCCAUCAGAGAGAGCGUCGGCGUGAUGCGCCUGCGCAUCUACGACUUGCACAACAUCCCGCGCGACGACCCGGGUCUCUUCGACGUCAUCCUGACCUGAUCGCGUCGAUGAAGCGCGUCGAUGAGCUUGUGUUCCACGAGCGACCGAACCACAGCACUUACAGCGUGCCCUUACCCUCGUUCUCGGUCAGCUUCGUAGUGGGCGCCAGUCUCCGGAAGCUCAACGUGGCUGACCUGAACCUGAGGGACUCCGAGGUGUCCCAAAUGAUAACGUUGCUCAUGGGCUACGACACCGUGACGGAGCUCGCCGUCGGGACGUCCGUGUGUACCUAUACGGGGACGGAGACGACGCUGGGCUUCACCGACUACCUGACCAAGGCGAAAGGAACCUUAUUAAAGCUUACGAUCAGGUCCGUUUGCGCCUUGAGCGCCCCCAAUAUGGAGAGACUAGUGAACACUAUCGCCGCAAUGACGACGCUCGAGGAGCUGGUCGUGGACAUGGUACCCUGGGGGAGCGAAGGCAUCGACAUAUUCGCCGAAGUGCUCUCGUGGAGCACCAGCCUGCGUCAUUUGAGCGUCGUCCUGCCCCCCUGGUGUACUACGGCCUCCAUGUCCUGCGAUCUUUUUCACGA